AUAACUCUAUCAAUAACAAUCAAUCAACAACAACAACAACAACAGAAUCCAGAUAUUAUCGAUAAUAAUAGUGAUCCAACUCAAACUCCACCUCCAACUUUGACAAAGUAUUAUCGAGUUAUUAUUAAAGUACCUUAUCAAGUUGCCAAUGAAAUAUAUACAUCGAUAUUGGCCAGUAUAUGUCAUUUGCCGAUGCCAAUGAUGAGGGUGUUGGAAUCACCUCAUAAUGAGUAUCAAUCAAUGUCCAAACAUCUAUUGGUGUUGAGUCGCGACCUGGACAACGACCUCCACACUCAGCUGAAAAAGGAUCUGAGGCGACGCCACUUCAUAAUAAUGCAACAUGUCGAAGGUAGAAGUCUGAGCGAGAUGAACAGUCGAGAGAUCCUCACAGAGAAGAAACUGUUACAACUUGGCAAGAUAAUGGCAUUCGAUCUAUUCGUCAACAACUUUGACAGCUUCUUCUAUUACUGGGACAACAGCAACAGCGUGGUGCCAGUGGGUGACCUGUUGGCCAAUGAUGUACCGACAGGCGAUGGUUGGCACUUUACAAUAAUGCAUACAAAGGUCAACUUCAUACUGAACAGUUCAUUUACAAUAUGUUAUCACAAGCAUAUCAAUCGACUCAAGUCAUUGUUGUACUCUAUCUUUGCCAAUCCAUUUGUGGAAUCAUCCCUCCUGCAAAAGAUGCGCGACACUGUCAACCGACAGCAUGGUGCCGGCCUUAACGAUCAAGCAGGUCUACUAAUACAACAUGGUCUAAUAGGUGGCAUCCAGACGAUCGUCACCGAGCUCACUCCAGAUAUUCUAAAGGACACAAAGGAUCGCGUAAAGUCAUUGAUAUGUCGAGAGGACAACCAUAAUGGACACAGUGACAGUUCGUCCAUUUGUUGGAAACGUGGCUUUGACUCGAUCUACCUACCAUUCCUCUUUGACAUCUACGACAAGUUUGAACAGUUCUCUUCGUCGCCACGCUCCAAGCUCAACUGUGGAGGUGGUGGUUGUACCUGCCAGUCAUCAUCACAUAAUCACAAGACCAAAGGAAUAAAGAAG